UUGUUUAAGUUUUCUAAGCAAUCGGUUUAUCUUCGAUUUUGUUAACGUUUCCAAGUUGCUCAGCUUCUCUUGUCUAGAUGUGCACUUGCUCAGACGAAAUAUCUCUGUGUCACGCAAGGAGGUAAAGUUCAGAUUAAUUUUGAGGAAAACUUCUGUGCAAAUGAUGAACAAUGAAAAAGUCAGUAAGGGAACCGCCGACAACAGAGGUAUGGCAGCUUUAUCGAAGUCUUAUUUAGUACUAUACAACAGUGUUCAAACUGCUGGAUGGAGUUAUAUUCUCUUUAAAACUCUAAAAUUUCUAUUGGUAAACCAAGCUGUCUCAGGAUUAUGGGAUGAUUGUAGUAAGAGUGUGACAAUUUUUCAAUCCUUAGCUGCCUUAGAAGUCCUACAUUGUAUUGUAGGUAUUGUUCCUUCUAGUGCUUUUGUCACUUUCUUGCAAGUUUUUUCCCGAGUUUUUAUGGUUUGGGGAAUCGUUAGACCAAUUGAGACGGUUCAAAACUGUCCAACUUUGCCACUCACACUUAUUGCUUGGGGAAUAACAGAAGUUGUUCGAUAUUCAUAUUAUUGUGCCAAUCUCUUAGGCACUCCACCAAAACCUCUCACAUGGUGCAGGUAUACUUUAUUUAUGGGAUUGUAUCCAGCAGGAGUAUCGGGUGAAGUCGGAAACAUGUUGUAUGCCUUGAAUACUAUAAAAAAGGCGCACAUGUUUUCAGUAGCUCUUCCUAAUCGUUAUAACAUAUCUUUCAGUUAUUACUAUUUCUGUUUGGUUUUGAUGGCAUCCUAUGCUCCAGUUUUUCCUCAACUUUUUGGUCAUAUGCUGCGUCAAAGAAAAAAGAUCUUGGGCACAUCUAGCAAAGAAUCAAGUAAGCAGAGAUAGAUCAAAGUACUAUUUUUUUUUCAAACAUAGAAACAAAUGUGUAUCAUGAAAAUAUAUGUUGGUUUGUAUAUCAGUCCAUUUAAUUCUAAACAUUUAUUUUACAUUUAUUUGUUCAUUAAAAGUUAAAAUAUAUGCAGAAGAUUUUGUAACCUCCAAGAAAGCAAAUGUUAAAUAUGAAAUAUAUUCCUCUUUAUUGUUCUA